AAGUAUUCCGGUGUUACAUUUUGCUGAAAGAGUGAAAUAAGUACGGAACGACGUGAAAGUAUCGAAUAAAUUGAAACAAAUAUUGAAAGAGUGAAACACUCGCAUCUCCGAGAAGAUUUUACAAUCCAAGUUACAUAAACUUUAUGGAUGGCAUAACCGCGUGACGGCACGUUACGACGCUGUUUCGGUAAAGCCGCAUGAAAGAUGGCAGCGUCGUUAAAGUCCAGUAAUUGUCGUUUGUUAAAUAUCGCCCGUCACGUUCCGCGGAGUAUCUAAAUCUCGCAUCCCGCAAUCCGUCCGAUGGCGAAGGAUAAUGCCCGGCCGGGCGAGGAAUCCGGGGCGUGCGAAGCCGAGAGGAAGCUCGACAGGUCGACGGUCUGCCCGAGCCGGCCGCGAGAUCAAAGAGGCGCUGCCAGGGUCAAGGACAAGCCCGAGGAGGGUCGACUUCCGACCCCGCCCCCGGAUCCGCAGUGCCCGCCGGUUGCACUCGCGCGGGAUUAUCGCUCGGGGACGACGUCCCGCGGACCCGAGGAGGAAGAGGAGGACCUCACGGCUUAUCUAGGCGAUCUCGGCGCGUCGCCGUUCGAGGGCCACUCGUUCGACUACGACACCAUGCCGAACUCGGCGACCUCGGCGAUGGGAGGUGAGUCCGCGGUCCCCUUCACCGAGGAGGCGUUCGAGCACCUGGACCGGCUGUGCGCGCUGACGGAGCAAAUCCUGGAGCUGCGGACACGCAGCUCCGAGUACUUCCGACGCGUGCGGGGUCUGGAGCGCGCCAAGGUACAGCGGAACGCCAAUCGCCGGCUGGAGAUCGCACUGGCAAACGGCGAGGAGCUGCAGCAUGACUUCGCCGACGAGGACACCGGCUUCGCGGAGUCGCUGCUGGAUGCGAUGCUGUCGAACUGUCGGGACGCCACAUCCUCGACGCCACGGAGGAGCGAGCGCUCGAGCGUGCGCUCGUCCGCGUCCUCGCGACAGCGGAGCCGGUCCCUCGUGCCGAUCGAACAGAAUCUCGGCUCGCGCCUGGUCGAGCGCACGGGCGAGGCGGAGAAACGCGCGGCGAGGAACGCCGCGAGGAACGGCGGGCAACCCAAGGUCAGCAAGUGGACCAGGGUGAAGGCGGCCUUCAAAUGGGAGCGCGCGUAUACCAACGAUCUCGCGGACAUCGCGGAAUCGGACGUGCCGGCGACCACGUCGCCGACAUCGGCGACGAGGUAUCUGCGGAUCCCGGACACGACCGCCACCGGAAGCUGGAGCACCGGAUCGGCGCUCUCGCCUUGCACCAGCGAAGUCUCCAGCCCGUCCACGCCGAUCGGCAGAGUCUCGUCCGCGUCGUCGUCCAACGACGAGGUGUUCGACGAUUCGCGCAAAAGUAUCGUGAACUAUCCAGAUCGACAAUCGCCCCUCGUGAAGGACGAUAAAAAGAGGGACGAUCCCGAUCGGUACGGUCGAUCGCUCGAUCGCGACACUCCCGUUACUGAGAGCGCUGACUCCAUAGAAUCUCAUAGCGAGGCUAAUCGCGGUAAACCGCUGAUCCGCAUCGUAUCGGACGCGGACGCGACGAUGCACGCUACGAGCGAGAACGGGAAAGAUCCUGAAGCGUCGCCGAAGAGGCCGCCGCCGACUCUGACGAUCACGAUCCCGUCGAACGAGGAGGAGAUCCGAAGUUUGUCCUCCCCGGAAUCGAUGUCCCCUCUGCCGUCGAGCGCGCAGGAUUCCGGCGGAAGCUCGCCGCAACGUCCCCGGGUGCGGCAGGACAUUUUGAGCCUGAGGGAAUUCAAACGACAGUAUUCGACGAUCGAGGAAGCGGUAACGCCCGCGCCAAAGAUACAGCAGCAAGAUUCGAAAUGGAACAAGGUCAGACGCGCCUUUCUGACAAACGCCACCUUCAGCGUUCCUCCAAGCCCGAUUAGAGUGGUCGCGGCGCAAUCGUUUACGAACGACGAUACGCGCCGAGCUCGCAGCUGUAGCGAAAGCAUCGAGGAUCUCGGUAAAACCGUUGCAGGUACCAAUAACAACGGCAAUUACUAUCGGGAAGCGCGCAGGGAUUAUCAGGCGCUACGGGAGAAGUUUGGCGCCGAGUUCCACCGGAAGCUGAUCGAGUGGGAGCGGCUGAAGGGACCGCAGGGCGCACGCAACGGCCUGCCGUUGAACGAGGAACGGCUCGCGCCCGAGUUUAGGAAGAAGCUGCAGGACUGGAAGCGAGCGAAGAAAGGCCGUCGGUCCAGCGCGGCCAUCGAGCAGCAGCGCGUUAGCCGUCGACGGUUGACCGACUGGCAGCUCUGGCGCUCCUCCUCGAAACCCGAGCCCAGAUGUUACGGCAAAAAUCAGGGCUCGAUCGGUUCGCGCGGGAGCUGCGCGAGCAUCGGCAGCGCGGGGAGCUUGGGCAGCGACGGGAAGCAGCAUCUCUGCGAGGAUUUCAUCAAGAGGAUGGAGACGUGGAGGAGGAUGAGCGAGGCCGCGUGCCGAAGCGGCGAGAGGCCGAAAUCACCGACGACGAGUCGUCUUGCGUCUAACAUCGACGAGACCGAGUUUCUCGCUUUGGAAAAGCUGCUACUGCUAUUCGGGCAGAGAACCAGGAAGGAGCUUCGAGAGAGCGAUGCGAGGCAGCUGAACGAUUGCUUCGAUGGCGAUUCGAGAUUCAUGGCUACAUCUCGAGGUGUAAACUGCGGCAACGAAGUGCUAAUUCGCACAUCCGUCGGCUCUUACCGUUUCGAGGGUAUAUCUCGAGAAUUUACGAGGAAGCUGUACGACUGGGAGAAGUACCGCGGGAUAUCGCCGAGGUCCUCCACGUUUCGCCUCUUGGGGCCGGGCUACACGCCGUUCGCGCAAGAUUCGGACGAAGUUACGUCGGCAGAGCCAAGUACGACGAGCAAGAAUCAUGCAUUCCACUGGACGCUGAAGAGAUCCAAGUCCGACGGAAGUGUCUUCGAAGGCAGUCUUCGCGACGAAUCGAUCACGCUACGUCGCUCCGCGAGUCUCCAGUCUCUCGCUUCUGCGGACAAGCUCGAAGAUGACACUCGCAUGAACGUCUUACCGGUCUCUAAUAAUUCACAGGGGAUUAAAGAUGCGGAGGACACGGCGGUAGAGGACUCGGAGCCAGAGGCAAUGAUUGUCGACAUCGAGGACGUUAUCGAGGAGACCGCCAGCCCUUUGGCGGGAGUACGACCCCAUCAAACGCCAGUGUACUGCGUCGCAGCCAGCGAAACCACCAGCAUUGCUGUUCCCCUUGGUACAGUUACCUCGAGCCACGAGCCUUCACCAGUAUUUCUAGUCAAAGCUGAAGAGGAUGAGGUCUGCGAGCGAUGGGACGGCGGGAAAAUCGGUUCGCAGGCUUGUUCGAGCGAGAACAGUCCAAGUCCAGAAUAUUUUCCAGUGUCUGCGGACUGGCAUGGAAAAACGACGUCUUUGGAUGAAGACAAGCCGAGUUGGGAGCCGAACUGGCGCAAAGAAAGCAAGGAGGAUGACGACUCCACGGGUUGGACCGAGAAAACGCGGCGCUCGAUCCCGGAUUCCGGCGAUUCCGUAAAGUCCGACCGUUCAAUCGAAUGGAAUCGAGACACUUGGGACGAGUCGGACGAUGAGGCAAAUAGAGAUUCGACGAGACUCGAAUUGCCUUCUACAUCGAUUUACGAGAGCACAAAUGGUAGAAGGAAGCAAGGCUUUCUCGAAAGUGACAACGCCGAAUCUACACACUUAGCGAAGAGACUCGAGAUCUCGUCGACGAAUGCGGAAGAAUUUAUGGACCCACCGCUCACGUGCAAGGGGAUGGACGAGACGUGUAAGGAUGAGACGUGCAAGGAGAAGAUCGAGAAUCUAGCAGACGAAUCAUCGAACAACGAACGGACGGGCGAUGCAAAGAGUCUCCAAGAUGACGAGGACGAUGAGAAGGCCAAACGGAGAGAGGCAAUUCUUAGCACAGAUUGUUGCGCUUAUCAAGCAACAAGAACGAUACCAUCGUUGGACCGUCACGAUUCCAAGGAAAUCUCAUCGCAAUUGUCAAAUUUAAAUUCCAAGAACAGCAAGGAUACAUCGGAAUGCCACGGUGUUGAUAGCGAAAACGAGGGACAUUACGAGAGCUGCGGUUCACCCGAGUUGCAGACCGAUGCGGAUCGGCACUACGAAAUUCUCACGUUUAAAACCGAGAUGUGCGGCGAUACGAUGGAUAGUCGCUUGUACGAGCUAAUCGACUGUAACGAAGUUUGCAGCUCCUCUUACGACGACAGAAGCAUAAAAGGGACUUCAUCAUCAUCGAGGUUACCAGAAAUGAAGAAGUCAAAUCUCCUGGAAACUCCAAGAUGUCUUUUGACCAACUCGACCGUUCAGACUAUUCCUAUAACUGUCGCCAGGGACAACAAAGCACGCUGUUUGGAGAGAAUUCUUAUCAAUGAACAGACGUUAAAUAAGAUAAUUGUUCCCACGGCGUGUGCGGAAAGCGGGAUGAAACCCGUGGAGAAAGCUCGAGAUCGUUUCACGAGCCUAAAUCGCAUGGACGAGACCGCGGUUGUCAAUAAUUACGCAUCUAAAAAAAUGACCCGCGAUCACCAGGUCGAGUGUGUUAAGAAGGACAGUUCUUCUACGAGAAACGUCUUCGUGAAGACAAAGCGCAUGAUAUUCGGCCCGUUUCGUCGAUCGGAAGAUCGACCGUCCUCGAGGAAGCAGAGCGACAGCUCCGUCGACGGUCGCCUUCCACACUCGUCGAAAUCCAAGAGCAAAUCGAGGUCGGCGUCGCCGAAAUUGUGCCGACAGGAUGCUCUGCUGCGAGUAUCGUUAUCGCUGCCGUGGCCUCUACGCUCCACAUCGAAGGAAAAUGAGGUUGCUUUCGAAACUGAAUCCAGGAGAAGCUCAGAAAGCAAGACAGAAGGUGCAACGAUUCAGGAGAAAAAUUCACCGUAUGAAGAGAAUAGCGUGAAAAAUAAGAGACUAAAUAAACAAUUAAGUAACGAAGAGCCGCCAUUUAUUGAUGAAGAGCAGGAUAAAAUUUGUCAAUCGGACACGGAGUUUGUGACCAUUCCUGUAAACGCGUGUUCGAUCGGGACAACUUCUGCGCGAGUUUCUGAAUAUCUAGAGAAAUCCAAGACAACGAUGACCAAGUGGGACCGAAACGCGGGCCAAAUACGAGGCGAACUUAAAUAUAAUCAGACACAGGACGAUGGAGAACGCAGUAAGAUCAAGUGCAGUCAAGUGCAAAUCGAGGAAAAACGCGAAAGAAAUCAUAGCCAUAGGCAAGAAGAAGGGUGGCAAGAGGUCACAUUCGGCCGAAAACAGAACGAAGCGAAGCAGCAAGACGAGAAUCACGCGAGAUGCGACGCGGUACCGUCGGACUUGAUGCACAAGCUCAAGAUACUCUCGGACGUCGCGGCGAAGAGAGAAGGACGAACGACGGCAGCGGAAUCCUCCGUGGUCAGCAGUUUGGAGUCGCGUUCCUCUAGAAUACGGCGUGCCAAGGAGAGCUUCCUGUCGCGGCGAGGCGGUCCUUUCUGUCGCUCUGUGAUGGAACCGGCGGAGGUUGCUGCCAACCCUGAGAAUCCUUGGAGAAGAACAUCGACAACUCAGAUCUCGACAGAAGUAUGGAAGUCAAACGGGACCACGGAGGCUACCGCGAAGUCAGAAGAACCGGAAGACCGAGCGGAAACGACGACGUUGACCGCGGAAAACGAAACCGUCUCUGUGGGCGAGGACAAGGUCGACGCGCGCCAGACAGGAGAUCGAGUGACCGACGUCGUGCGAUCGGAUUCGCUGGUGAAAUCUGCGAGCGCUGGCAUGAUCAACGUGGAUCCCGAUACGUUCGAUCGACUGGUCACAGCCGAACGCGGGUGCGAAUCUCUGCCGAGGGCGAUCGCGAAGCGCCGCGACUCCGCGAGCCCGUUGGCGAAGAUCGUCGGUAAGCUGAAGCUUUCGCGAUUAAUUCGCACCCGGAACGUCGACGGCGGCAACAUGAGCACGAUCACGACGUUGUGCAGGCAGAGUCUGUUGAUCGAUAUGCGAAACGCUUCCGGAAAUCGGCCAAGUAACGAGCGGGAGAUUGAGAAUGAUCUAGUCGAGGAUGCGACAGAUGACGAUGAUCAUUCGGUCGAAUCUUCUAAAGCGGUUCAGGAAUGAAUCUGUUCUCUAACCGAUAAGAUUGUUUAUGUAAUAUUCCAGGUCUACGAAUUUUAAGGGAAGCCUGCUUCUUAAGCUUCGUCUUAUACUAAUGAAAGGAUAUGAAUCUUCAGCAAUAGAAUAACGCACAAGCGAAUUAAGAAGUAGCCUGUAAUUAAAUACUAUGUCUCGAGAGCUGUAUUUGUUAAUUAAAUUAGGCUUAAACCGAUAAUGAAAUGGGAUAAUACCUUGUGCGUUACGACCGAUAUUAAAUAAGGUAAAGUGCACGUGGCAUACGUUAUAUCACCGCUGUAGAUGAUAUAUCUCAGUUCGCGUUUUCGUUUUAUUUGCAAAUUUUUCCACCAAUUAGACAUUGAUGUUUAGAUUGUUUAUCAAUGAGAACAUUGAAACACUAAUGACACUAGAUAAAAAGAAAAGAAUUUCUCGCGAAUUAAUCUCCUUGGGAAUGAAGUAACAAAACAGGUUUUAUAUUCGCAACAGAGCUACUUAUAACAAAAUGCUUAAUUGUUGGAAUUAAAAUAAAGGCCGAGCAUAAAACAAAAUCGAUGGCUUUCAAAACGCAGUUUAA